CAGGCAAAACAGUGAGACAGGGAAGGAGUGAGACUGUGAGAGAGAGUGGAGACAAUGGAGGACGGCGAAAUAGAGGAGGAAGGGAUGGUGAUAGACGGUAACGGAGGAGAUGCACAGUUAACAUCCUCACCGCGCAAGUUAGAGAAAUCGGCUUACAAAAUGCUGAGAGAGAGCAAAUCCUCGAUUGAAGAAAUCGUCACCGAGAUGCUUGCCGUUAAAAAGGAGAACAAACCAAAAGCACAGCUAAGGGAACUCGUAACUCAAAUGUUUAUCCAUUUCGUUACUCUUCGUCAGGCGAAUCGUACUAUAUUGGUAGAAGAAGACCGUGUGAAAGCGGAGACAGAACGUGCGAAGGCGCCGGUGGAUUUCAGGACUCUACAGCUGCAUAAUUUGAUGUAUGAGAAGAGUCACUAUGUUAAAGCAAUUAAGGCUUGUAAGGAUUUUAAGUCAAAAUAUCCUGAUAUUGAACUCGUGCCUGAGGAAGAGUUUUAUCGUGAUGCCCCUGAGAAGAUUAAAAGCUCCAAACUUUCUAAUGACAGCUCACACGAUCUUAUGCUUAAAAGGCUCAAUUACGAGUUGCAUCAGCGGAAGGAACUGUGCAAACUUCAUGAGAAAUUAGAGCAGCAUAAGAAAAGUUUGCUCGAGACUAUUGCAAACAGGAAGAAAUUCUUGUCAAGUCUACCUUCACAUCUCAAGUCCCUUAAGAAAGCAUCCUUACCAGUGCAAACCCAAUUAGGGGUUUUGCAUACGAAGAAAAUGAAGCAGCACCAAUUAGCUGAGUUACUUCCACCGCCUCUCUAUGUGAUUUACUCUCAGUUUGUGGCACAAAAGGAAGCAUUUGCUGAAAAUAUUGAUAUAGAGAUAGUAGGAAGUUUUAAAGAUGCUCAAGCAUUUGCUCGCCAGCAAGCUGUUAAGGACACUGGCAUAUCUACCAAUGUUGAAAACUCCAAGUUCGAGGAUGAUGUACCCGAUGAUGACGAUGAUGGACAGAGAAGGAGAAAACGACCUAGGAGAGUUCCAAGUAAAGAGAAUGUUGACCAGGCAGGAAUAUAUCAAGUUCAUCCACUCAAAAUCAUCCUUCAGAUAAAUGAUGACGAGAUUUCCAAUCCCAAGUCUGCAAAACUCAUUACUCUGAAGUUUGAGUACUUGUUGAAAUUAAAUCUUUUAUGUGUUGGCAUAGAAGGGUCACAUGAAGGACCUGAGAAAGAUAUCUUGUGCAAUCUCUUUCCUGGGGACACUGGUCUCGAGCUUCCUCACCAGUCAGCCAAACUCUUUGUUGGUGACACUCUUGUGUUUGAUGAAAGAAGAACUUCACGUCCAUAUAAAUGGGCCCAGCAUUUGGCCGGAAUUGAUUUCUUACCUGAGGUCUCGCCAUUGCUUGCUAGCUGCGAAACUCCAAGUAGUGAGACUGCUAAAAGUGAUGCUGUUAUAUCUGGCCUAGCGCUGUAUCGCCAGCAGAAUAGAGUACAAACGGUUGUGCAAAGAAUUCGCUCUCGAAGAAAGGCUCAGCUGGCUCUUGUGGAACAGCUUGAUUCACUUAUGAAGCUUAAAUGGCCUGCUUUGAAUUUUGAAAGUGUUCCGUGGGCUUUGCAUACCCCGCUAUGCAGUUUGCAUGGUUGGUCACCUGUAGGGUCUGCUUCUAAUUCGGCUUCAUCUUUGCCAACCAUUGAUACACAACAUAUUCAGGAACCUAUAGAUGUUAAUUUGGAUGGAAGACCUUCUGCUUCAAAAGAAGAGCUAGAGACUGCUAGGGAAGAUGGAGAGCUGCCAUCUUUAGUUCCAGUUGCAUCUGUCGAAAAUGAUGUCAAACUUACACCAUCUAGAGGAUCUGGUUUAAUCCAUUCCAGGCAGCUGGCUUUAAUAUCGAAGAGCACCCCUAUUAGUAAGGCAAGAGCACAGAGUUUCAAAAAACAUGAUGAUUCAGAGUUGUUGCUUGAUACCGAUAGUGACAUGGAAGACCCUGCACAAAUUGAUGUAGAUGCAGAAAAUGUUGCUUCUAGUCACAGCUAUGAGAUGACCAAAAAGUCAUGGGUGGAUUGUGGGGUCAGGGAAUUUUGUCUUAUUUUAGCCCGAAAAAUGGGUGGAAAUGAGAAGAUUGUGAAGUUAGAAGCUAAGAUCAUGAUCAGCAUGGAGUAUCCUCUAAGGCCUCCCCUUUUUGCUCUGAGUCUUGACACGAUUCUUGGAGAAGAUCAAAGUGACAGCGAUGGUCAUGAGUGGUUUAAUGAACUUCGUGCCAUGGAAGGCGAGGUUAAUCUUCAUACUGUAAAGAUGUUAUCACCAGAUCAAGAAAACUAUAUCUUAGCUCAUCAAGUUCGUUGUCUAGCUAUGUUGUUUGACUAUUGCUUGGAUGAGGCAUCUCCAUCUGAGAAGAGGAAGAGUACUUCUGUUGUUGAUGUUGGUUUGUGUAAACCUGUCAAUGGUAGGCUUCUUGCCAGAUCUUUUAGAGGAAGGGACAGGAGGAAAAUGAUAUCCUGGAAGGACAUGGAAUGCACUCCUGGCUAUCCAUACUAGCUUUACUGUUUGGGACUGCAGUUAUCUUUCUGUCUGUCAUGGCUGGGAUGAGAAAUGGUCCUUGUUAAACAAAAUUUGAGCUUCUUCACCCUUUUUAAGUAGUGGAUAUACACUUUAAUGCCCAUCACUUCAUAUGAUUCUUGAAGGGUUUGUUUCGGUUUCAGGCCUGAAUACGUGGAAUUGCAGAGUAAAUUAUUCGCAUGAUGUUCACUGUCUUAAAACAUAGAGGUGCAUGCACUGUUGUAAUUUGGGCCACUAAUUUGAUAUUUUGCUCCGUAUUAUCUCCUUAAUGAAAUAAUGUCAAUUAUCCA